AUGUCUUCCGCCACUCUCUUUCGUCUAGCCGCGCGCACACAGCCAUCGUACCUGUUCCGGUCAUCGCAGCCAGCAAAGACAAUCUCUCCAAGGGGAGUAUACGCCGGCUCAUCCGCGACGGUGCCAUGCAAUUACUUCAGUACAAGUGUUAGGAGGGCAGCCGAUAAGGAUGGACAAGAGGCAACCGGGGGCUCAGGGCAUCAUGAAGAGAGCUUUGAGGAGUUCACUGCUAGAUAUGAGAAAGAGUUCGAUGGUGUUCAAGAUGUCUUCGAACUACAGCGUAACCUGAACAACGCUUUCGCCUACGAUCUCGUCCCCUCUCCUUCUGUCAUCACAGCCGCUCUUAGGGCAGCCAGAAGAGUUAAUGAUUUUCCCACUGCCGUACGCGUCUUCGAAGGUAUCAAGGCCAAAGUCGAAAACAAGGGCCAAUACGACGAAUACUUGCGCGAUCUCGAACCGCUUCGGGAAGAAUUAGGUAUCGAUUUGAAGGAGGACUUGUAUCCCGAGCAACUUUACACUGGAGGUGCAAAUAGGGCUUGA